CGAAGGGGUACGGAGUAGUAGUAUAAAGCUCUCGCACGGUCUUCUCAAUUUUCACCAUAUCGACAUAAGUCACCUCCCUCACCACCAUGUCUUCGUACCUCGCGGUCGCCAUCUUCCAUCCUCGCUAUGGCAACUUCCAGCAUUGGGCCCUCCAUCUGCACACCAACACCGCGGAUCACCUGUUCGAAGUCGACGGGGAACACCCAGGUUUCACCAAAGUCACUUCCCACGUCCACCCCCGGAACAUACCCAUGUACAUCCAGUCAAUCAGGGUCGCGGACAUUGGCAACGUGGACAUCCCCACGAUCCAGGCUGUCGUGGACGCCGCCCUGGUAGACAACGAGACCCUCGAGUGGGACUGCCAAGAUUACGUGCUCGAACUUCUCGAGGGAUGCGAAUGCGAGGCGGUCAUUGAUGAUGAUGACCCCGAUUAUCUCGAGGCAAUCGGAAUUCUUCGCAGUCAGCGGGGCCCGAUUCUAUGAUCCUCGGUCCUAGCGUGCAACGGUGUAUGUACCAAGAAUGGAGGAACAGACAAAGAAAACGCAUCCAAGA